GAAGAGGACAAUGGCCUCAAUGGUGAGCAGUCCGGCCGUCGAUGAGAAGAGCCAUCAGAACCGCGACAUCAGAAAUAUGCGAAAUUUGGCCGAAAAACAGCGAAGAGAUAAACUAAACGGUUAUAUCAAUGAAUUGGCAAAUACUGUGCCAUUGGUUACGAUGUCAUCCAAACGGCUCGACAAGACAUCGGUCCUCAGACUGUCGGCCGCUUACCUCAGACUCAAUAAAACGUCAUUGCAUCGGAAGAAACUGAAGGCGAAGAAGAAGUUGUUGUCGUUGGCCUCGUGUUCGUCGACGUCGUCGUCGGCAACUCCUCACCAAAUCUGGAGACCUCCGAAGUUUCGGUUCAAUCAUUUGCGAGCAUUAAUUGAUUCGGUGGAGGGCUUUAUUGUGGUGACCACUGGGUUCGGCAAAAUCAUCUAUGUCUCGCAUUCCGUCGAAAACUUUUUAGGCCAUCAAAAU